UGGCCGCGCGGGCUGGGCGCGCACGGGGCUCACUGCGCGCGGUGUCUCCUGGCGCGCGGUCUCCGCUGCCCCGGGCGCGGGCGGAACCCGAACCCCGCACCUGCAGCGACCUCGGGCUCGCGGGUCCGGCGCGGGCACCUGCGGCCGCGCUCCUGGUCCCCCCGGCCCCGCUGGGCCAUGGCGCGCGAGGAGGCGGCUCGGAGGGCGCGCCGGGGCCGUCCGUGAGCUGGGCCCGGAGGAGGGACACGGCGCGGGGCCGCGGGCGCGAUGCCUGCUUUUCCGGAGGCGAGGGCGGCCAGACGCGCGCUGGCCCUGGCGCUGCUGCUCACCGUCGUGCCCGGGGGCGCCCCGCUCCGCCUGCAGCCCAGCAUGCCCCACGUGUGUGCCGAGCAGGAGCUGACCCUGGUGGGCCGCCGCCAACCCUGCGUGCGGGCCUUCAGCCGCGCGGUGCCCGUGUGGAAGCCGGGCUGCGGGCGCCAGGCCUGGUGUGUGAGCCACAAGCGCAGAACCGUCUACUACACGGCCUACAGGCAGGUGUACGCCAUGGAGGCCCAGCCCGUGCUCAGGUGCUGCCCGGGGUGGAGCCAGCAGCCAGGAGACCAGGGCUGCCUCUCUGCCGAGUGCAGUGCUGGCCUCUGUUUCAACGGUGGCAGCUGCGUGCCCGGCUCCGCCCAGCUGUGCCGCUGUCCCCCAGGCUUCCAGGGUGCCCGCUGCCAGCACGAUGUGGAUGAGUGCCAGCUACACAAUGGCGGCUGCCACCACAGGUGUGUGAACACGCCCGGCUCCUACCUGUGCGAGUGCAAACCCGGCUUCCGGCUCCACGUGGACGGCAGGACCUGCCUGGCCAUCAGCUUCUGCGCCGUGGGCAACGGCGGCUGCCAGCACGACUGCGUGCAGCUCACGGUGACACAGCACCGCUGCCAGUGCCGGCCCGAGUUCCAGCUGCAGGAGGACGGCAAGCGCUGUGUCCGCAGAAACCCGUGUGCGGACCGGAACGGCGGCUGCAUGCACACGUGCCAGGCGCUCCGGGGCCUCGCCCACUGCGGGUGCCAUGCUGGCUACCAGCUGGCAGCCGACCGCAAGGCCUGCGAAGACGUGGACGAAUGUGCCACAGGGCUGGCCCAGUGCGCCCACGGCUGCCUCAACACGCGAGGGUCCUUUAAGUGUGUGUGCCAUGCGGGCUAUGAGCUGGGGGCGGACGGCCGACAGUGCUACAGGAUCGAGAUGGAGAUCGUGAACAGCUGCGAGACCGGCAACGGCGGCUGCUCCCACGGCUGCAGCCACAGCAGCACGGGGCCCCUGUGCACCUGUCCCCGCGGCUUUGAGCUGCACGAGGACGGGAAGACGUGCAUCGACGUUGACGACUGUGCGGACUCGCCAUGCUGCCAGCAGGUCUGCACCAACAGCCCCGGCGGAUACGAGUGCAGCUGCUACGCCGGCUACCGGCUCAGCCCCGACGGCUGCGGCUGUGAGGACGUGGACGAGUGCGCGUCCGGCCUCGGCGGCUGUGAGCACCACUGCGCCAACCUGGCCGGCUCCUUCCAGUGCUCCUGUGCGGCCGGCUUUCGGCUGGACGAGGACCGCAGGGGCUGCACCCCCCUGGAGGCGCCCGAGGGGGACCCGAACGGCCGGCUGCCCUUCGUGCGGCCUCUGCCCCACGUGUCGGUGCUGGCGGACAGGCUGCCCCACCUCUUCCAGGACGACGACGUGGGGGCCGCGGAGGCGGAGGAGGCCGAGGCCCGGGGCGCCCUCUCCCUGGAGGAGAAGUUUGUCUGUCUGGACGACACCUUCGGCCCCGACUGCAGCCUGACCUGCGCUGACUGUGGGAACGGAGGGGCCUGCCUCCCGGGCCUGGACGGCUGUGACUGCCCCGCGGGCUGGACUGGGCUCGUCUGCAAUGAGACCUGUCCUCCGGACGCCUUCGGGAAGAACUGCAGCUCCGCCUGCAGCUGCCAGAACGGCGGGACCUGCGACCCCAGGACGGGGGCCUGCCGCUGCCCUCCGGGCGUCAGCGGCACCCACUGCGAGGACGGCUGCCCGCAGGGCUUGUACGGCAAGCACUGCCGGAAGAAGUGUCACUGCGCCCACCGGGGCCGCUGCCACCGCCUGUACGGGGCCUGCCUCUGCGACCCGGGGCUGUACGGCCGCUUCUGCCACCUGGCCUGCCCGCCGUGGGCCUUCGGGCCGGGCUGCUCGGAGGAGUGCCGGUGCGAGCGGCAGAACACGCGGGCCUGCGACCGGAGGGACGGCAGCUGCUCCUGCAAGGCCGGCUUCCGGGGCGCGCGGUGCCAGCACGAGUGUGAACCCGGCUUCUUCGGGCCGGGGUGCCAGCAGGCGUGUGCCUGUGCCCCGGGCUCUGCCUGUGACCCCGUCAGCGGCGCGUGUGGGAAGCAGUGUCCAGCCGGCUUCCAGGGGGAGGACUGUGACCAAGACUGCCUGGCGGGGACAUUCGGCGUGAACUGCUCAGGAUCCUGCUCGUGCGGGGGGGCCCCCUGUGAUGGGGUCACGGGGCAGUGCCUGUGCCCCCCCGGGCGGACGGGGGAUGACUGUGGGGCAGACUGUCCCGAGGGCCGCUGGGGGCUCGGCUGCCAGGAGAUCUGCCCGGCGUGUGAGCACGGCGCUGCCUGCGAGCCCGACACCGGAGCCUGCCGGUGCCGCCCCGGCUACACGGGCAGCCGCUGCCAGGAUGCGUGCCCCGCAGGCUGGUUUGGGCCCGGCUGCCACAUGAAGUGCUCUUGUGCCAACGACGGACACUGCCACCCGGCGACGGGACAUUGCAGCUGUGCCCCUGGGUGGACCGGCCUCAGCUGCCAGAGAGCCUGUGACAGCGGGCACUGGGGCCCCGACUGCAGCCACACCUGCAACUGCAGUGCCGGCCGCGGGAGCUGCGACGCCGUCAGCGGCCUGUGUGUGUGCGAGGCCGGCUACAGGGGCCCGCGAUGCGAGCAGCGGUGUCCCCAGGGCCACUUCGGGCCGGGCUGUGGGCGGCGCUGCCAGUGUGAGCACGGGGGCGCUUGUGACCACGUCAGUGGGGCCUGCACCUGCCCCGCGGGCUGGAGGGGGACCUUCUGUGAGCGAGCCUGCCCGGCCGGCUUCUUCGGACUGGACUGCCGUCGCGCCUGUGACUGCGCGGCCGGGGUGCCCUGUGACGCUGUGAACGGCUCCUGCCUCUGCCCCGCUGGCCGCCAGGGCCCCCGCUGCGCCCAGACCUGCCCAGCCCUCACCUACGGGCACAACUGCAGCCAGGCCUGCUCCUGCUUCAACGGGGCUUCCUGUGACCCAGUGCAUGGGCAGUGCCGCUGUGGCCCUGGCUGGACGGGUCCCAGCUGCCUGCAGGCCUGCCCCGCGGGCCUGUUCGGCGAGAACUGCCAGCACGCCUGCCUCUGCCGCAACGGGGGCACCUGCCACCCUGUCUCGGGCAACUGCACCUGCGCGGAGGGCUGGGCCGGCCCGGCCUGCGAGCAGGAGUGCCUCCCCGGGCGUUUUGGAGCCGGGUGCCAGCGCAGCUGCGGAUGCCUCCACGGCGGCCUCUGUGACCUGGACACGGGCGGCUGCCUCUGCCCCGCGGGCUGGACGGGGGACACGUGUCAGAGCCCCUGCCCGCCCGGAUGGUUCGGAGAGGCCUGUGCCCUGCGCUGCCAGUGCCCGCCGGAUGCCGCCUGCCACCACGUCACCGGGGAGUGCCGCUGCCCCCCGGGCACCGCUGGGCCGGGCUGUGAGCAGAGGUGCCCCCCCGGGCGCUUUGGGUCCGGCUGUGAGCACCUGUGUGGAUGUCUCAACGGCGGCUCCUGCGACGCGGCCACGGGCACCUGCCGCUGCCCCCUGGGCUUCCUGGGGCCCGACUGCAGCCUCACCUGUCCACCAGGCCGAUUUGGCGCUGGCUGCGCCCACGUCUGCAGCUGUGGGCCGGGGGCGACCUGCGACCCUGCGACCGGCACCUGCACCUGCCCCCCAGGGAGGACCGGCGCCCACUGUGAGCUCGAGUGUCCCCAGCACCGGUUUGGCGCGAGCUGUGAGCACCGGUGCGCCUGCCAGCACGGCGGCCUGUGCCACCCCGCCAACGGCAGCUGCUCCUGCGGCCUGGGCUGGACGGGCUCGCACUGCGAGCUGGCCUGCCCCGCGGGGCGCUACGGCGCCGCCUGCAGCCUGGAGUGCUCCUGCCUCAACAACGGCACCUGCGAGCCCACCAUGGGCGCCUGCCACUGCGGCCCCGGCUUCUACGGCCAGGCCUGUGAGCACCCCUGUCCCCCUGGCUUCCAUGGGCGUGGCUGCCAGGGGGUGUGCAGGUGCCAGCAUGGAGCGCCCUGCCACCCUGUCAGCGGCCAGUGUCUGUGUCCCGCUGGCUUCCACGGCCAGUCCUGCGAGAAGGGGUGUGAGCUGGGCUCCUUUGGAGAGGCCUGCGGUCAGCGGUGCGGCUGUGAGGGUGGGGCCGCCUGCGACCCUGUCACCGGCCACUGCCUGUGCCCCCCCGGCCGCACGGGGGCCACCUGUGACCUCGACUGCAGAGCCGGCUUCUUCGGGCCGGGCUGUGCCCUGCGCUGUGACUGCGGGGGUGGGGCCGGCUGCGACCCUGUCAGCGGCCAGUGUCACUGUGUGGACGGCUACACCGGGCCCACGUGCCGCCAGGGUGGGCCCCCCCAGCUCCCUGGGAUCCCGUCCCCAGCCCCAGGCCCAGCGUCCUCACAGGCCGCCCCGCACAGACCAGCGCCCGGGCUCCGCCGCGGGGCAGAGGAGCGCUAGCGCAGCCGCGUGCCGCCUCCCGGUGCGGCCGACAGCACCCAGGGCCUGGAGAGCUCUCGGAGGGAGCUGUGGCCAGGACUGCGCCCGAGCCCUUCUUGCUUCCGCGGGCUGUGGACACGGCAGCCUCUGCAGGGACCUGCA